AUUGUUUCGUCUUUUCCCCCCUCCUCUGCUGGCGAAGGAAAGAAAGCGAUCGAGCAGAACCGCCGGCGACUGUAGGCGGUGAAGGAGCUGCAUCUUCCGGAGGCGUAAGCUUGAUUCAAAGAGCAAGGUGUGCGAUUCUUUUCGGCCAAGAUUGAGCAAGAUGCCAAGAACAAGGUCCACUGUUUUUCUGAGGAGCUUCAACGCCGCACACCAGGCAGUAGAAGCUGCCAACUGGAACAACGGUUGGAAUGAAGAAGGUGCGGAUAAAUGGUGGAGCAACGAAGAGGUUGAUGUGGCAGACCUGACACGAGUUGCUGUCCGCAGAGCUGGAAUUGUGACCCGACUGAAGCAUGUGAUUUUGAAAGACUUGAAUGAUGUUGCCGCUUUGGCAUGUGUUGAUACUUACCGCCGCCUCCAUCAAACGUUCGAUUACCAAGUCAGCAUGUAUCCGAUGGGGUAUAGCAGGUAUAGGGUUUACAGAGGUGUGAGCUCAGAUCUAAACAACGAGAUCUGUGAUGCCAUGGGACGCAAUGGAUUCAUUGUCGAUUUUCAGUGUCCUCGGAAUAUAUCAAAUGUGGCUUUGAAGGCAUACUCUUCUGCAUGGAGCAAGUACAGCGCAGCACAGGAUUUGGUGGCGAAGCACCGUAGGUCGCUAAUCGAUGCAAUUUUAUAUCCCAACAGGUACAUUGAGCUGCCUUCUGAGUUUGGGGAGGACCCAGACGGUUAUGUUGAAUCUCGUAGGUCGCUAAUCGAUGCAAUUUUAUAUCCCAACAGGUACAUUGAGCUGCCUUCUGAGUUUGGGGAGGACCCAGACGGUUAUGUUGAAUCUCUAAGGCAGAGGGUGACUGAAUGUGCUGUAAGGUGUCUGAAGAUGAGAACAAUCCUUCUCAUGCACCCGGGGGACGAGAAACGCCUCUGCAGUCUCCUCGUCUAUCGUGAUAGUUUUCUCCAUCCUCCGGACUAUGAAGGGGAGGCGCUACCUGCCCGAGACUUCUACCAUUUCGAGGUGUAUAAGCACGUGAAUGACCCGAAUCUCUUGCAUACAUUUUAUGAAGCCCUACGUCUCAUUCGUUACGGUAUGCAUUACCAUGGAGCAAACUACAAGAUGCCCCCUGCUUUGAAGUCACCAGGUGCUGAGUUUGUCUAUGCCUGAUUGACAGAGGGGAGGGAAACGGAUUGUUGGUACUGAAUUUGUCUAUGCAUGAUUGACAGAGGCAGGUGCUGAAUUUGUCUAUGUUUGAUUGACAGCGGGGAGGGAAACGGAUUGUUGGUACUGAUUUUGUCUAUGUUUGAUUGACAGUGGGGAGGGAAACGGAUUGUUGGUACUAAAUUUGUCUAUGCUUGAUUGACAGUGUGGAGGGGAACAGAUUGUUUGUACUGAGAUUGUCUAUGCUUGAUUGAUAGAGGGGAGGGGAACGGAUUGUUUGUUGUUUGUGUCGGUUUUCUUGUAAAGCGUGAGAUUUGUCUCUGUGUCCAAAUUUGAGAGGGAGGGAAACCCCUCAGUCUCUCCACUCUCGUCUUUUUUUACACAGGUUUUAUAUCUCUAU